CGCUCACACCCCAGGGGCCAUCCUCCCACUCGCCUCUUCUUCCCGCUACCCUCCCCCCAAGAUCCUCUUGCCGUGUCCGCCUCAUCGCUAUGCCUGCCACCGACGUCGAUGCCGCCUCGGCCUCCCGCUCCAGAGUCCCGAAGCCCGAUCAGGAUGCCCACAAUGCUGAAAUCGCUGUCAUCAACGCCAAUAUUGAAGCCUACAAGAAGCAAUUAAAUCAAGCAUCUGAGGCCCUGAACGGCAAAGGUGAAAAGGGAUCCGCCUCGGAGCGCACAAAGGAGCUCCGUGCCAAACUGGACGAGCUGACUGCCCAGCGCAACGAACUGAACGCCGAACGCACCAAGAUCCUGGACGAGCUCAAGAAGCUCCAGGCCAGCAUCCGCAAGAAGACUGACGAAGUCAAGGCUUCCAAGAACAAGCUCGGCUUCAAGAGCGCCGCUGACAUUGAUGCCCAGAUUGCCGAUCUCGAGAAGCAGCUCCAGGCCGGACGCUUCUCUCUUAACGAGGAGAAGAAGGUCGUCUCUGAUAUCUCGCAGCUGAAGAAGAGCAAGAAGGUCUUUGAGGGAUUCGACUCCCAGCAGACCUCUGUUGACCAGGACCAACAGACCAUCGACCAGCUCCGAAAGCGCCUUGAUGAGCUGGACCCCAAGCGCACGUCCGUCAACGACGCCUACACCGUCACUCGCUCCGAGCUCAACGCCCUCAACUCCGAGAAGCAAAAGGAGUGGGACAACCGCAACUCCCUGUUCGAGGCCAAGAAAGAGGCCAAGGCCAAGCUGGACGCCGAAUUCAACAAACUGCGCGAGGUCAAGGCUGCCUUCAAGCAGCAGCGAGAUGUCUUCUACACUCAGCAGCGCGAGGACCACGCUCGCCGCCAGGCCAAGUACAAGGAGGAGCAGGAGCAGCACCGCCAGGAGAAGCUUCGAAUCGAGGCCGACAAGGAGCGCGAAAACGCCGAGAUCCCCGCCUUCUCGGAGGAAAUCAACCAGAUCAACGCCCUGGUCCAGGUCCUGCAGGUUCUGAAGGACGGCCCCAAGGCCGGUCCUGCCAAGGCCGUCGCAUCCGCCAACGUCUCGAACCGCGAGGUCGACACCUCUCUGCCCGAAGGUGCCCAGGUUCUCACCAAGAAGUCUGAUCGCGACGACGACUACCUCGUCAUGAAGAAGGACCGCAAGGGCAAGAAGGCCGCCAACGCCGCCCCCAAGGCCGAGGCCCCCAAGCCCCUCAAGUUCGAUAUCGUCACGGUCGAGCAGUUCUUCCAGUUCAACGUCCAGGUGCCCACUUCUCUCCAGGAGAUCGACUCGACCAUCGCCAACCUCGAGGAGAAGAAGCAGAGCUUCAUCGACCGCCAGCCCGAGCAGACCAAGCGCAACAUUGCUGCCGCCGAAGCCAAGAUCGCUGCCCUUGCCGCCAAGGUUGCCCGUGGCGAGUCAAUCGAAUCGAUCGAGUCUGUCGAGUCUGUCGAGUCUGUUGAGGAGGCUCCGUCGAGCUCUGUCGAGGAGGUCUCUGCCUGAGCGCAUCCUGUGACGGUGCCGCCACCUUCCCCCCCCCUGCCGCCGCCGUUCCUGUAAUUGAUGCAACCCAAGGGAGGCGACUGGCUCGUAGCGAGGCUUUACCCCUGGGUCCGACCGUUGAUGUCCCCCCCCCUCAUUCUGCAGAGGGACAGCCAUAUCUCCAUCAUUCUACCAAUACAGCGUCGAAUGCACACCCGC